UUCCUCGCCUCAGUGACUCCCCCGCCUUUGUCCCUCUCCCCCCGCCCCAGCCGGCGACCAGCCUUAUCCCGCGCCGGACAUAAAGCCCCUCCCCUCGCGACUCCCUCCUCCCUCUUCCCAUCCGCCUCGCCGCUCGGUCCAUCUCCUCCGCCCUCCUCCGAUUUCUCCUGCGCCUGUUGGUUGAAUAAGGUUGACAAGAAUCUGCCGGACUACUUGCUUCAGUAUGGAUACCAGCUGCCUAUCAUCUAUGAACAUAGCUGGAGCGAAGCAAGUAAGAUCUUUUGCUGGACAACUUCAUACGCAGAGGUGUUUCACAAGUAGCAGCGUCCAGGCACUAAAAACUAGUCAUCGUACGACCUCCCUUGGCUUAAGGAAUAAAGUAAAAAGAUCACGUCAUGGACUUCGUGCUCUGCAGGUUGUUUGCCAAGAUUUUCCAAGGCCUCCACUAGAGAACACGAUUAACUAUUUGGAAGCUGGCCAGCUUUCUUCGUCGUUUAGAAGCAGUGAACGCCCCAGUAAACCAUUACAGGUCGUGAUUGCUGGUGCAGGACUGGCUGGUCUAUCAACUGCAAAAUACCUGGCAGACGCUGGCCACAAACCCAUAGUGCUUGAGGCAAGAGAUGUGUUGGGCGGAAAGUUAGCUGCAUGGAAGGAUGAAGAUGGUGAUUGGUACGAGACUGGCCUUCAUAUUUUUUUUGGAGCUUAUCCCAAUGUACAGAAUUUGUUUGCUGAGCUUGGUAUUAGUGAUCGCUUGCAAUGGAAGGAACACUCCAUGAUAUUUGCCAUGCCAAACAAACCAGGAGAAUACAGCCGUUUUGAUUUCCCAGAGACUUUGCCGGCGCCCUUAAAUGGAGUGUGGGCCAUACUGAAAAACAAUGAAAUGCUUACUUGGCCGGAGAAGGUGAAGUUUGCUAUUGGGCUUCUACCAGCAAUGCUUGGUGGCCAAGCUUACGUUGAAGCUCAAGAUGGCUUAACUGUUUCCGAAUGGAUGGAAAAGCAGGGUGUUCCUGAUCGAGUCAACGACGAGGUUUUUAUUGCAAUGUCCAAGGCACUGAAUUUCAUAAACCCUGACGAGUUAUCCAUGCAGUGCAUUCUGAUUGCUCUAAACAGAUUUCUCCAGGAGAAGCAUGGCUCGAAAAUGGCAUUCUUGGAUGGUAAUCCUCCUGAAAGGCUAUGCAUGCCUAUUGUUAACCACAUUCAGUCUUUGGGUGGUGAGGUCCGGCUGAAUUCUCGUAUUCAGAAAAUUGAACUGAACCCUGACGGAACAGUGAAGCACUUUGCACUUACUGAUGGGACUCAAAUAACUGGAGAUGCAUAUGUUUUUGCAGCACCAGUUGAUAUCUUCAAGCUUCUUGUACCACAAGAGUGGAGAGAGAUCUCUUAUUUCAAAAGGCUGGAUAAGUUGGUGGGAGUUCCUGUCAUCAAUGUUCAUAUAUGGUUUGACAGAAAACUGAAGAACACGUAUGACCACCUUCUUUUCAGCAGGAGUUCACUUUUAAGCGUUUAUGCAGACAUGUCUUUAGCGUGCAAGGAGUACUAUGAUCCAAACCGUUCGAUGCUGGAGUUGGUUUUUGCUCCAGCAGAGGAAUGGAUCGGACGGAGUGACACCGAAAUCAUCGAAGCAACUAUGCUAGAGCUAGCCAAGUUGUUUCCUGAUGAAAUCGCUGCUGACCAGAGUAAAGCAAAGAUUCUUAAAUACCAUGUUGUGAAGACACCGAGGUCCGUUUACAAGACCGUCCCGAAUUGCGAACCUUGCCGACCUCUGCAACGAUCACCGAUCGAAGGGUUUUAUCUGGCCGGCGAUUACACAAAGCAGAAAUACUUGGCUUCCAUGGAGGGUGCGGUUUUGUCAGGAAAGUUUUGUGCUCAGUCCAUAGUGCAGGAUUCUAAGAUGCUGUCCCGCAGGAGCCAGGAGAGCCUGCAAACCGAAGCCCCCGUCGCCUCCAAGUUGUAGCUAGUUAGCGCGAUUCAAUUUUUUUUAGCGUUUCCUAUAUGUCAUUGUCACAUUGUUGUAGAGUCCACCAGUGAAUUGAGCUGACAGCCACAUAUUGGGACAAAAAGGGAGAUUUGUAAAACAAAGAAGACCUUUUGCAGAAGGGCAAAAGUGAUAAAGGGAUCUUAGAUAUUAUUAUCUUGUUUGCAGUUGGAAACCGAAGCAGUAACCGUGGCCGAUUGCUUUUUCA